AUGCUGAAUUCAUCGUCUACGGCAACGACAACAUUAUCAUCCGAUAAAAAUGAUAAUAAUAAUAAUACUGAUAAUAAUACUAUUACAAUGGAUGAUCAGUCCCGAGCUCCUGCCAAUGUUUGGCUUUAUGCUACUCGAGCAGCAGAUGGAAAAUCAGCCACAUGUAAUAUAUGUGCAGCAAAUAUAAAAACGAAUCGUUAUUCAACAACAACACUACGCUCACAUUUAGUUACCCAACACGGAAAGACAGAAUUAAAAUUGCCGUCAAGAGAAAUAAAAGAAGAAUGUGAUUGUAGAUUACCACCACAAGAAAAAAAGAAAUUACAUGAUUUAUGUAUUCGAUGUAUUGUACAAGAUGGACGUGCUUUUGGUGAUUUAUCGAAACCGGCAAUUUCAAGACUAAUUCAUGCAAUAGUUCCAGGUUAUAAAUCACCCCAUCGGAAUUGGAUGAAACACCAUUUGAAAAGACUGAAAAAAUAUCAUACUAACAAAUUAGUUGAUGAAAUGAAGGGUGUUGAUUCUAUUUCCAUUACUGCCGAUUUUUGGUCUAACAAAUCUAAUGUAUCAUUCUUUGUUAUUACUGGCCACUAUGUUACAAAUGAAUUAAAAUUGAAAAGCACUGUUCUUCAUUAUUCAUCGUUUCCUCACCGUCAUACAGCAUCAAAUAUCGUCCAAGCAAUUAAAACAAUAUUGAAAGAUUUAGGAAUUUAUACAAAAGUCAUUACGAUCACAUGUGACGGUGCAUCAAACAUGGUUAAAGCCUGCGAAGGAUUCCCAUCCAUUCAACAAAUAUGGUGUGUGGCCCACCGUCUUCACCUCGUAAUAUGUAAUGCUUUGGGCUUUUGGAUAAAAUCAAAGUCACCAUCCUCAUUCUUAGGUGGAAUAACACCCACAGAAUCAGCAUCAAACGACACCGAUUCGAAUAACGAUGAAGAUGACGAUGAAGAUCCAUAUAUGGACGUUGAGAACGAUAAUUCAAUAUUGACUGAUAUUACUAUGUUGAUAGAGAAUAAUGAUAAUCCAAAUGAAGAUGAAAAUAUUGAAGACGAACCGCAACAGGAAGAAGAGCAAGAUGCUGAAUUAUUGCAUGACGCUCAAUCGGAUAUUGAAGACAAUGACGAUUAUGAAAUAACAGAUAAUUGGGAAAAGA